AUGAACGUAUUUUCCCCCAUGAUACAGGCUCUGCAGAAAAUCAUGACUUUUAUAUCUGUCAGCAGGGUAGCUGCUGUGAACAACUCUGACACUCAUAUAGCAGUGGAGCACCUCCAUGUGUGGCUGUCUAUCCCCUUCUUCACCAUGUACAUAGCUGCCCUGGUAGGCAAUGGCACUCUAAUCUGUGUCAUCAUGUCCCAAUUAAGCCUGCAUGAGCCCAUGUAUCUAUUCCUGUGCAUGCUGGCCAGUACUGAUGUCCUGCUCUCUACCUCUACCAUGCCCAAGACACUGGCCAACUUCUGGCUAGGUGCUAGGCACAAUUCUUUCGAUGGCUGCCUGACCCAAGUGUUCUUCAUCCACUUCCUCUUCGUGGCUGACUCUGCUGUCCUGCUGGCCAUGGCCUUUGACCGCUACAUUGCAAUCUGAUAUGCCACAAUUCUCACAAAGAAGGUCAUGGGGAAGAUCACUGCUGCUACUCUGACCCGCAGCUUCAUCAUCAUGUUUCCGUCCAUCUUUCUCCUCAAGCGUCUGCACUAUUGUCGGAUCAACAUCAUCGCACACUUUUGUGAGCACAUGGGUAUUGCUCAUCUGUCCUGUUCUGACAUCUCCAUCAAUGUCUGGUAUGGGUUGGUAGCUGCUCUUCUCUCCACAGGUCUGGACAUCAUCUUUAUUGCUGCUUCCUAUGCCCACAUCCUCCAAGCUGUCUUCCAUCUCUCUUCCCAAGAAGCCCGAGCCAAGGCCCUGAGUACUUGUGGGUCCCAUGUCUGUGUCAUCCCUUUCUAUAUCCCUGCCCUCUUCUCUGUCUUUGCCUACAGGUUUGGUGGGAAAUGCAUCCCACGUUAUGUCCGCAUCCUUUUGGCCAACCUCUAUGUGGUUAUUCUUCCUAUGCUCAACCCUGUGAUUUAUGGAGUGAGGACCAAGCAAAUAUUGGAAGGGGCUAAGCAAAUGUUUGCGAAUAUUACCAAGGGGCUUAAAUAA